CGCGCGCCGAACGCCGCCGCCAGCCACCAUGUCUCGCCGCAAGCAAGGCAAACCCCAGCACUUAAGCAAACGGGAUUUUUCGCCAGCCGAACCUCUCUCCGCCGCCGCCGUCCCGUCGUCGGAGCUGUUGCAGCGCUGCUCGGAGAACUCCGAUGAGUACCGCGGCCUCAACAACGGGCGCCGGCCGCUCCCCCCCGCCGCCGCCGCCGCCGCCGUCGUGGGCCGGCUGGCCCGGCCGGGGCACGACGCUCACCCCUCCCCCGAGCAGGACCUCCUGACCUGCGGCCAGUGCCAGGCCACGUUCCCCCUGGCGGACAUCCUGCUCUUCAUCGAGCACAAGCGCAAGCGCUGCCACGGGCCGCCCUGCCUGGCGGUGGGCCGGGGGCUGGACAAGCCCCCCUCGCCCUCUCCCGGCCUGGCCCUCACCCCGUCGCCGGCGUUCGCCGCCACGCGCGGACGCCGGCCCGUGGAAGUCGGCGUCCAGGCCACGAUGGCGGACGACCACGACGAGCGCUUCUCGUUGCCGCGGGGGAUUUUCCCCAAACUGGAGCCCCUCCCAGGUAAAGAGGAGCCGACCACCUACACCUGCACUACCUGUAAGCAGUCGUACGGCAGCGCCUGGUUUUUGCUGCAGCACGCUCAGAACACCCACGGCUUCCGCAUCUACCUGGAGGGUGAUCACGGUAGCCCUCUCACCCCGCGCAUGGGGGGGCCGUCCUCCCUGGGCGGGGGCGCAGAUUGCCCCUUGCAGCCUCCUCUUCACGGCCUCCAUCUGCCACCCGACGCCAGCCCCUUCAACCUCCUGCGCAUGCCCGGCUCGGGCUCUGGUGGAAGGGAAAGUGUCGGAAUAGGGUGCGUGAUGGGCGCCAUCGGCGCCGCCGGCGGGGGCCACCCUCAGCGUUUCCCUCCCACGCCACCCCUCUUCAGCCCCCCUCCGAGGAACCACCUGGAUGCCCACCACCUGAGCCCAGAGGAGCUGGCGCUGGCAGCCCACCACCCGAGUGCCUUCGACAGGGUGCUGCGCCUGAACGCCCCUCUGACCCUGGACGCCCCUCCGACAAUGGACUUCUCGCGGCGGCUACGAGAGCUGGCGGGAAACAAUUUAGGGUCCACUCCCCCACUGUCCCCCAGCAGGCCCAGCCCCAUGCAACGCUUGCUCCAACCAUUCCAGACAGGAGGAGUGAGUGGAGGAGGUGUAGGGGGCACCAAACCCCCGUAUCUCGCCACCCCACCCCCUCUCCCCGGCUCCAUGCAGUCACCCGUGGGUUCUCAGACCACUCCCACCACCCCUCUCCCCUCCGCAGGUGCGACGCCCUCCUCCGCCACCCCGUUGAAAUCAAAGUGUUGCGAGUUUUGUGGCAAGGCCUUCAAGUUCCAGAGCAAUCUAAUAGUGCACCGGCGCAGCCACACGGGAGAGAAGCCCUACAAGUGUCACCUGUGUGAUCACGCUUGUACUCAGGCCAGCAAACUGAAACGCCAUAUGAAGACACACAUGCACAAGUCGUCCUCGCCAAACACAGGCAAGUCAGAAGACGGCCUCUCGACCGCCUCCUCCCCGGAGCCGGGCACCAGCGAGCACCUGGGCAGCGCCAGCAACGCCCUGAAGUCAGUGGUGGCCAAGUUGAAAAGCGAGAACAACCGCAUGUUGCGAGAGAACGGGGAGGAGGAGGAGGAGGAAGAGGAGGAAGAAGAGGAGGAGGAGGAGGAAGAGGAGGAGGAGGAGGAGGAAGAGGAGGACGAAGAAGAGCGGAACCGAGAGAGGGCGGCCAGGAGGACCAGCAACAGCUAUCACUUCGGCUUGACCCUGGAGGCGCCGCGUCAGCACGAAAACAACGGCUGCAUCGGGAGCCGGCUGGGAGGAGUCGCCGACGAGGGUUCCAUCCCUCGCUCGCUUCCCGAGGUGAUGCAAGGGAUGGGCCUGGCCGCCAGCAUGCACCACUUCAGCGAAGCCCUCAGCGCACACAAGCGGAACGCCAUGGCCAAGGAGAACCACCUUCACCUUCACCACCACCUCAACCAAGACCACCACCACAAUCGCGAAAUGUGCGACGGGAACUCGGUGAUGGAGACGGACCGCGGGGCGGAGGGCUCCGUCUCGACCGUCAACGGACGGGGAGCGUCCCCGAACGAGUCCGCCUCCGUCGGCCUCACCAAAAAACUGCUUCUGGGUAGCCCCACUCCUAUCAGUCCGUUCUCUAAGCGCAUCAAGCUGGAAAAGGAAUUCGACCUGCCCACUCCCACAAUCCCUAACACAGAUAAUGUCUACUCCCAGUGGCUGGCUGGCUACGCCGCCUCACGACAACUCAAGGACCCCUUUCUGAACUUUGGGGACUCCAGACAAUCGCCCUUCGCCUCUUCGUCCGAGCAUUCUUCAGAGAACGGCAGUCUGCGUUUUUCCACCCCUCCGGGGGAACUGGACGGCGGGAUGUCGGGCCGCAGCGGAACGGGCAGCGGGGGCAGCACGCCGCACCUCGGGGGUCACGGGCGACCCAACUCCAAGGAAAGCCGCAGGAGUGACACGUGCGAGUACUGCGGCAAGGUGUUCAAGAACUGCAGUAACCUGACAGUACACCGGCGCAGCCACACGGGGGAGAGACCCUACAAGUGUGAUCUGUGCAAUUACGCUUGUGCCCAGAGCUCCAAACUGACUCGCCACAUGAAGACUCACGGUCAGGUGGGCAAAGACGUGUACAAGUGUGAAAUUUGUAAGAUGCCCUUCAGUGUCUACAGCACCUUGGAGAAACACAUGAAAAAAUGGCACAGUGACCGUCCUUUGAGUACCGAAAUAAAGUCAGAGUAGAAGGCCGAACUAGUGGGACCUUUUCCCCCCCCACAGCUAUGCCCGCCAUUAGUCCCCUGUUGAUGCCCCGCCCCUUGUAGAAUUACCCCAACCCAAACACUCCACUUUUGCCAGUCUGGUGGAAGAUUAAGACCAUGUGCUCUGCACCAGCACACCCUGUUUCCAUUACCCAUUGAAUGCAUGAUCUGUAUAGGGGGCAAUACUCUUGCAUUGAAGCGAAACUUCGAGCCUUUUCUCUUGUGCAAUAAUUUACAUGUCGUGUACUAUUUUCCUUUCUUUUUUUUGUUGAGUUUUUCCUUUUUUCCAUUUUUAAGAAUUAGUCAGCAUGCAUAGUAUGUUUUUGCUAAUCCCAACAAAAAAAAGUGAAAAAAAAAGAAAAGAAAUUAACUUGUCCCUGGUUGGUUAGUUGUUGAGUAAAUGUGUUGCUGUUUUUCUCUUGUUCGGUUUUUUUCUUUCUAUUCUUCAAAAAGAGAAAAGACAAGAAAGAUACAUCCACGCUGCAUACAUUCUGUCACACAUAUCAUGUACAGUUUUGUUUCGUGACAUGGAAAAAGUGAACAGUCUGUGACCCUGGAAAUGCACUCAUCCUGAUCUUUGUAAAAGACAGCAUGUUCCCACGGGGUUUAAAAAAAAGAAGAAAAAGAAAAACAUGCGUUAGCUUGAUAACUAAACUGAAAGUAAUAACAGCCUUCACAAAUUCUUUCAAAAAGACAAGGGUGUGCUAAGAAUUCAAUUUGUACUAUCAUUUGGUAGAAUAAGAAAGAGUGCCUUUGAUUUCUCUCGACUGCAUUGGCCAUAAUCUUAUCUGGUAUAAGUUUGGGGGUCACACUAGAUCAAGCUAAAAAGGUUUAAGCCACCGAGGAAAGGUCCUUGCAUCAAGCACCUGACUGCUCAAAUGGACUGUGACAAUUCAUGAUGAAAGAUCAGAGAAUUCUCGUUCAUCAUCAUUUAGCUACCUAUUACAUGUUCAAUAGGCUAUCUUUAAAUAUGUGGAUUUCAUGGCAAGCAUGGUGCAAGCAGUAUUGUGUAUAUCUGAAUUAUUUGUGGUUUUUGUUUUAUUCCGGUAAGGAGGUACUUUUGAGAAAAAAGGUAAUCUGUAAUGUACAAUCCUGAACUUUGAGGGGUUACGGCUCACGUCGCGUAUCUAACCCUCGUUCAAUAUGUCAGUGUGUGGAAACAAUGCAUAAAGUAAUAUAUGAACUCCACGUUGAGGCUAACUUUAUUUGAGAGCAUUCAAAUAACUUUGUGCUAGACCGACAGAGAGCUACACAGAACUGGAAGCUGCGUACGUAUUACGGCGAUCGGAGGCAAUUUCUUUCACUUUGCUUUUUCAAAAAAAAUUCAAAAACAGGGUUAUUAACCACGAAUUACAUUUACAAACAAAAAAAGAAUUGCAAUAAAAUAUCUCUAUUCCAGGCUCUUAAAAAGAGUGAAUGUGAUGAUUAUAAUCAGUAUGCAGAGGCUAACGCGGCGCUCAUUUUGUAUCGUCUCCGACCCAAAAGGAAGAGUUCUUCUUUUCCCUCGUCCAGUUCCAGUCGAGCACACGUCGCACUGCCCGAGAGCGAACACCAGACAUCUCUCUCUCUCUCUCUCUCUUGCGUUUUUACCACAGUGACGCAAUGUUGGUCACACGGGUUGAGUCCGAAAGUUAGAUUUCCACGUAUAGGACAUGAAGUGCACUGUUUCAAUUUUCCCAGUUUACAAGUUUUACGCAGAAGGGGAAAGAAAAAAAAAUUGCUGUUGAAAUGCUGUCAGAUGACCAGAGUCCCAUUGUUAGAAGCAGUACAAGAGGAGACCCAUAAUCUGUUGCCAGCAACUCCACCCUCAUAUACCUUGACCUUUGUACCCUUGCCGUUUCACCUUUGACCAUUUGUCAAUUUGUUACCCCCCCUCCCAGAAACCCCCAGUGCUUAGCACGGGCUGAGUUUUCACCCUGUCGGCAAGGUCUGUAAAAAAAAAGAAGGUCUGAGUUACGGAUGCUCCUACGAGGAAACAGAAUGGAGCGCUCCUAGGCCACGGAAUGGAGCGCUCCUAGGCCACAGAAUGGAGCGCUCCUAGGCCACACAAUGGUGUGCUCCUAGGCCACAGAAUGGAGCGCUUCUUGGCCACAGAAUGAAGCGCUCCUAGGCCACACAAUAGAGCGCUCAUUGGCCACAGAAUGGAGCGCUCAUUGGCCACAGAAUGGAGCGCUCCUAGGCCACAGAAUGGAGUGCUCAUUGGCCACUGAAUGGAGAGCUCCUAGGCCACAGAAUAGAGCGCUCCUAGGCCACACAAUAGAGCGCUCAUUGGCCACAGAAUGGAGCGCUCAUUGGCCACAGAAUGGAGCGCUCCUAGGCCACAGAAUGGAGUGCUCAUUGGCCACUGAAUGGAGCGCUCCUAGGCCACAGAAUGGAGUGCUCAUUGGCCACUGAAUGGAGCGCUCUUUCGCCACAGAAUGGAGCGCUCCUAGGCCACAGAAUGGAGCACUCAUUGGCCACAGAAUGAAGCGCUCCUCGGCCACAGAAUGGAGCACUCAUUGGCCACAGAAUGGAGCGCUCCUAGGCCACAGAAUGGAGCACUCAUUGGCCAUAGAAUGGAGCACUCAUUGGCCACAGAAUGGAGCGCUCCUAGGCCACAGAAUGGAGCGCUUCUAGGCCACAGAAUGAAGCGCUCCUAGGCCACACAAUGGUGCGCUCAUUGGCCACAGAAUGGAACGCUCCUAGGCCACAGGAGAACACUUUUAAGGAGCUGUAUUGUGACCUAAACAUCCGUAGACCUUGCUGGCUAGACGACAGACACUUAAAUAUUGUUGGUCACCCUGCGAGAAUCUUGUUUUUUUGUAUUAAUCUUGCUUUAAUUCUAGAUAUGAGAAAUAAACAUUUUUUUUACAGAUGACACGUCACUAUCUUUUAGGGGGAAACUGUAUUUAAGUUUUGUUGUCGUUUUCUCUUUUCCUCAGCGUCUUGGUGGUGUUCAAGACUCAGAUCACAGUAUAUAUGAUAAUGAUGACAACAACAAAAAAAGACGAAAAAACAAACAAACAAAAAAAUCUGUGAUGGUUUUGUAUUUUAUUUUGCCUUGGCUCUUCACAGCUCUUCAGGUUGAAAUACAAUUUGCAUUGGGGGAAAGGAUUAAGAUUAUAUAUGAAUAUAUAAUAAAGAACUUAAAAUAUAGGAAAAUGCACACUCAUGUCGGUUCCUAUGCUUAAACACAUUUAUGGUCUACCUUUUCUGUAUUUCUAGAAUUGUAUUUGAAUUCAAUGUUCACUUAGAGUAGGCACUAUAGUAUUUAUAUUGAGGCUCGUAUUUUUAACUGUUGCUUGUUCUCUCUAAAGGUAUUUACCAUACCUUUUUUUGGUAGUGGAAAAAAAAUGCCAAGCUGCCACGGUAUAUUUUUUUAAUUUGGCAGGAUAAUAUAGUGCAAAAUUAUUUGUAUGUUUAAAGAAAUAAAUGGAAAAAAACCCCACAAAAAAAAAAAGCAGCUAAAAGUUAUGUGGCACCGGGAGGCAUCGCGGGCCAUCAGAUGGCCGCCGUCUCCUGUUCCACAGAGGUGGUUGUACAUAUCUUCUUUGUUUUGUUUUGGUUUCGGACCCCUGACCCCCCGACCCACCCACCCCACCCCUGCUGCCAUUCUUGUAUGCAGUAAUGCAAGCUGACGUCGGCCUGUUCUGUUGUGUGCUUCUGUCUCUCUCACCCCUCUCACCUGACUACAUUCCAACAUCAAGAAGAGAGGGAAAAAAACGAAAAAAAAAAAAAAUGAAAAUAAACGUCAUAUGCAGUACAUGGAUUUACGAAAACAAGCGUCAAAAAAAUAAACACAUAAAAAAAAAUAUUUAAAUGUUUUUGCAGUUUUUUUUUCAUUGCCAAAUACUAAAUGGUGCUUUAUAUUUAGAUUGGGUAAAUUUUUCAUAUGCAAAGCAUAUUUAAAAAUGACCCGGGGGACGAGGAGAAGCCUGCUUGAGUUGAGACUUUUUGUAAAUGGCAAUGCAGAAUAUUUUGUUAUCAGCCUUUUCUAUUCCUAUUCUGAGAGCUGUUUGUUGUAACUUGAACUUGAACUUUAUGUUUUACUAUGGGAGUUACUAUUUAUUAUUACCGUACGCUCUGUUCAAAACAGAGACAUGGAAUGGAUCUUUAGUUUUGGCUUCCUUUCAUUUAUUUUUUGGUUAUAAUAUCAUUUUGGAUUCAUUUGGUUUCUUUUGUAAUGGUGGCCCAUGGUCAUUGGACAAACCUAGCUCUUCGGUUUUCUGUUGUACUUUUUCGGGGUCUCUGUUCAGUUGUAUUGGGAAAACCACUGUCUGUGUUUUCUGGCAGAUGUCUGCAUUAUCCUGUUCACACACCCAUUUUGUCCCUUUAUCGAAAAACAAUUAAUAAAAAAAAUGAAAGCAUAA